AAAAAUACAUUUUUAUAUUAAUACUAAUUAACGACUUGUUUUACACAAGAUACAACAUGUUGAACUCGAUACAUCUCUGUAUCUUCAUAAUAAAUUCCCUCUUAUUAGUUCUGCCCCUCUAUUUAAUAUUUACACCAUGUGUUAGUGGAGAUCAGAUUCGUUCUGUCCUAUUGAGGUCGUCAUGGCAUCGGAAAGGACCGCGGAGGAUCCAGUCGUGGAGCGCAGUUCCCUCCCACUGGACAUCGAUGAUGUUCACGUACUGCUUCAAGUGGAGCAGGAACAGAUUCAGAAGAGAACCUUCACCAACUGGGUGAAUGCACAGUUAUCAAAGAGGCGGCCUCCGGUGGUCGUGCUGGACCUUUUCAACGAUUUUAGAGAUGGAGCCAGACUGCUGGACCUUCUGGAGGUGAUGUGCAGCCAGAGGAUGAGUCGAGAGAAGGGCAAAGGUGUGUUCCAGCACAGGACAAACAUCGAGAAAGCCCUGGCCUUCCUGAGGGGGAAAUCAAUCAAACUGGUUAACAUAAACGUGCCUGACAUCAUGGAUGGCAAACCCUCCAUCAUCCUGGGGCUGAUCUGGACCAUCAUCAUGCACUUCCAUAUAGAGGAGUUGGCUCACACACUGUCCUUCAGUUCUCGCCAGUCUUCCCUGGAGUCGUUGGCCAGUCUGGAUACUCGCUCGACGAGCAGCAGUGCACGCAACAGCCCGGUGCCACCGCAUGGGUCACCGCUACACACACGCUUCAGGAUCUCCGCUAAAAAAGCCCUGCUGCUCUGGGUCAGAGAGCAGUGUCACAAGGCUGGCUGUACUCUGAACGUGAAGGACUUUAAGGCGAGUUGGAGGAGCGGCGUGGUGUUCUUAGCCAUCCUCUGCGCUCUGAGGCCAGACGUCGUGAGUCUAUCCAAAGCCAGAAGCCAAAGCAACAGACAGAACCUAGAGGAGGCGUUUUACAUCGCUGAGAGAGAGUUACAUAUACCUCGCUUACUGGAUCCAGCAGAUGUGGACGUGAGAGACCCAGACGAGAAGUCCAUAAUGACGUACGUGGCUCAGUUUCUCCAGUACACCAAAGACACCCCAGCUUCCGAAGAGGACAUGCAGGUUCAGUAUCUCACUCCUACUUCACGUGCCUCUCCGGUCAAUCUGCCCUGUAACUUCACUCCCGCUGUCGCAGCCUCUCCGUCCCGACAGACCUCGUCUACUCAGAAAGUCCAGGAGGUGACGUGUUGGCUGGAGCAGGCAUAUCAGGAGCUGCUGGAGGGAUGGGAGUCCACCGAGGGAGAGAGCUACGCCGAGAGAUACCACGUGUUCCAGACUUUCGUCGUGUCCUUUAACGAGCAGCGGCGGCCCGUUAUGCCGUUGCUGACCGCGAUGAAGAGGACGACGAAGCUUAGCGAGGAGCAGCGAGCUCUCCGACACGCCUGGGAUUCUCUGGCUGAAAAGCUGCGUGAGUAUAAGACAGAGUUAGACCUGAGUCUGCCCUCUCCUCUGGACGCGGUGGGACGCUGGUUACUGAGGGCCGAGGAGACCUUGGCUGAUGGUGAUGAUAAUUGUCAAGACCAUGCAAGAGCUGCUCGGGAGGCCCGUGAGAAACAUGAAAUGUUUAAGUCAUGUCUGGAGGAGAUGCCUCGUCACACGAAGACGUUCCAGGCAUUCCGGAAUAAGGACGAGUACGGAGAAACAGCGGUUCCUACUGACAAACUGGAGGAGAUAAAGAGAAGGUUCACUACCGUACGCGUCAGCGCUAAAUAUCACGGCAUAAGACUCGAUUACCAGGAUCUCAGACACACCGUGCUAGAUCUGCUGGCUCAGCUGAACAUCAAGCUACGCACUUGGAAAAGAGGAUACGUUUCCCAGGAGGCCGUGCGGGUCCUGCUGAAGGAUUGGAACGAGACCGUCAACAAGCAGGGACUGACAUCUACCCUGGAAGAAACUCUACGCAAGCUCAGACACAUCGCUAACAAAUAUACCAGCAAGUCUGCUUUGGCGGGCGACUCAAACCGCGUGAGUAAUCAGAUGAGAGAUAUAGAGACAGAGACCGCAGCAAUACUUGAAGAGGUGAGAACGGUGAAAGGCACUAUAUCACGCACGCUAACAGCUUGGGACUCCUACUGCGACUCUUACACCUCAUUACACGCCUGGCUGGAGCAGGGAUCUCAGACAAACCGACACGGACAGCAAUCCGAAGUGACGAUCGAUAUGAUGUCCGAGUGGAGCUCUUGUAGGGAGCGGCUAAACGAAGUCGGGAACUACCUGACGGGUGUCACGGAUCCACAGACCAGCCGCUCGGUUUCUGACAAUCUCUGCAGGAUUAACCUGAUGUGGGCCGAUUUUGUCAGAAGAACCCAGAUCGAACUCGUUGAAGAACAGAGUGUAACUUCUCAGUCUCUCCAGGGUUUGAUCAGAGAGGCCACACAACUUCUUAAGGAACCGGUGGAGGUUCUAUCAGGAUCACUUCAAACAUACAGGAAGAGACUACAGUUCAUGAUGAAGAAAAUACAGGAUGUGGAUCUGGAUUCUUUCUCUCCAUCACUUGAGUUCUCAACUGAAACCCUAAGCAAAUUCAAGCAGGCCAUUCCAGAGGUGCUGCGGACGCUCUGCGAGGCCGUGCAAGUGUCUGAAGAGUUGCAGCAAACCGUCUCGAGUCUGGACGGUCGUCUGGCCGAACUUAUACAUUGGGAGGCCGAAGCCAGAGAAUUUUAUGAGCUCUUAAAGGAUAAAUCGCACCGACUGCAAAGGGAGCAAGACUCAAGGACCCGGACACUGAUUUCUAGAGGUCUACAGCUAGAAGGCCAGGUGGUGAUGGAAGAGCAGGACCUGCAGGAGAUGGUGAUGUCACGUCAGAAGAACUCACCACUACAGUACCUCAUCGCCUCUACCAUGCAGGACAGGGUCCGUUCGACAGUCACGCAAUCACAGGAAGCAGUCGGGAUGCUCAGCUCCUUGGGCAUCCGCAGAGAUCGAAGCCCUACAGGACGUCAGCCUCCACGAAAGGUUUUCGUCCAAGAACAAACGGUUACAAAACCCGAAACAGAGCCUCAGCCAGUACCUAUGAUUGUCGUCCAGGAAUAUCAAGAAGAGAAGAGUCAAAUCCGACAAGUAGGGAAAUCACAGUUAAGCAAAGAAUCAGUAAAAGACCUUUCACUUCAGAGUAAACCGGAAGCCCACGCACAACAACAGGUUCUAACUGAAGUCAAGCCACAGGGUAAUCUAGUAGAUGUUGUAGCCUUUGGGGAAACACAGAGACAAAUACCAAGUAGUACCAAAGAAACCAUGGAAUCUCAGUCAGAUCAGCUGGAAACGAAACAAACACAAGAGCAAAUCCAGCCAGCACCUCUGAUUGCGCAUGAGGAACCAACACAACCACAGAUGCAAACCCAGGGGCAGCAGCAGCAGAUGCAAAAGCAGGAACAAGGUACAAGCCAACAGCAAGCCCUGUUCCAACAAUCAGUAAAGGGAAGAAAGUCUCAGAAACGUGCUGACAAUCGGCCUUGGUUACAUCAGAAGGUCCAGGCAGAGUUUAAACCACAGCCCAAUGUUAUUGCCACUGCUGUGUCUAAAGCUUCAGAACCUACAGCAGACACAGUCCAGGCACAAGCGAUAGGGACCUGCAUCCAACAACAGAAGCCGGUCACGGUUACUACCAGCGAUGCAUCUCAGGCUCAAGUUUCCGCAACAGACGCAAACCGAUUUCAAGCCAUAAAGGUCACACAGACACAAGCCAAAAUGUCUCAACCCCAGCAACAACAGUCUGUGCUGCAGGCCAAAGUGAUUCAAGCCCAGCAACAGCAGCCUAUGACUGUCGUUUCCAGUGUUGCAUCUCAAGUGACUGAAGUACAGCAACAGCAAUCUGUCAUGCAAGUGACACAAACCAAAGUGGGUCAAGUCCAGCAACAGCAGCCUGUAACACAAGCUAAAUGGGGUCAAGUCCACCAACAACCCCCUGCCUCGGAAAUGCUAGUAAAAGAACCGAAGGUACCGGAUACGGUGCCUGUUAAAUCACAAAAACAAUCUCAGGCUACGACUAUCCAACAACAUCCACAACCAUUCACGGCCACCACAUUUAACCACCCACCAACAAAUCUAUCACAGAUGCAAUUACCAGGCAUGACUCAGACUCGACCUCCAAUUAUGUCUGAAACUUACCAAUAUCUGCCAGCUAUGGGGAAAGAAAGUCAAACCUUAAUACAUCCCCCAACACCAAUUCAGCCUCAAAUAAUAAUUCAAAGGCAGCCAAACGUAGUUGCAGCCCACUCUUUACCCCAGCAAGCAAUACCUCCCAAUCAAUCUCAAGGUGCAACUGCGACACCAGCCAAGACCAAAAGUACAGCUCCUAUCCAACCACGCAUAAUUACUAUGCCACAGAACCAACCAGAAUUCUAUAAACCAUCUCAAUCCCCGCCUCAAACAAUGGGCAUGGGUCAAAUUUAUGGCAACGUUCAGAUAAGACCACAACCCCACAUCCAGCAACCUCAGUGGAGACCAGUCGUGCCUGACAUAAUGACACAGAGUUAUAAUGAUGCCCCCCACCAGGGUUUCAUACCAUCCCACAUGCCACCUCAGAUGCAAAUUCAGAGCCAUACACAGUCACAAGGUGUCACACAAACUCAGCAGUGGGGGCCGUUAAGAGGAGGUCUGAUGACACAGACUUACCCCAAUGUCCAGGGUUUAGAUCACGUGCAGCCAUAUGCUCAGUCUCAAGGUUACCCCAUUUCUCACCCACAGUGUCAGCAGUGGGGCCGAUUCCAAUUUGAACCAACAGUGCAGCCUUAUUCACAAAUAAGCCAUCAAAGCCCAGUUCAGUCGUUUGUAUCAUCACAGCACGGGCAACCUGUCAGACAGUCGAACAUGGUCAGCCAAAAUUACCCAAGGGUUCAGAUGUCUGAAGUCCAAAUUCAAGUCACUCAGAGACCACAGAGCCCUCCUCGGGAAUGGGCGAUGCAACCAAGGCCACAAUCCCAAUUUACAUUUAUGAACAUGCUUCCUCAACCAGUGGCCAACACUCCUUGGAUCCAACCACCAACCCAAGCCUCAGUAAGACCUCAAGGUCCUGCUCCUCAAAGUCAACAGCAGCAGUGGCCACAAAACAGGCCUGAGGUUUCAUUUCGGUUUCAGAUUCAGAGCCAGUGUUUGCAGUCACAGCCUCAGCUCCAGGUUUUGCAAACGCCAAAGUCUCCAAAGCAGCAGCGACCACAACAGCAGUCAGUGGCUCAUAUCAAAUCUCCAGCCUUGAGUUAUGUAAGACCCCAAGGUCCUGCUCCACAGCAGCCCCCGUCUCACCAGCAGCAAUGGCAUCAAUACAAGGCUGACAGUCCGUUCCAAAUUCAGACCCAGAGCCAACCUCAGCUCCAAGUUUUACAAAAGCCACAGUCACCAGAACAGGAGCAACCCCAACAGCACGCAGUCGCUCUGAUCAUACCUCCAUCCCAGGUAGAGGCUCCUCCACAGCUCUGUUCGGAUGCCUAUUCGAGAGCAGAGGAAUUAGCAAAGAACAAGCUUGAAAAUGCCAAGCGCUGCCUUAAAGAGCACGUUCUAGAGGCAUUCAACGUAUUCAAGGGCAAGAAGAUAACUCAGGAGCAGAAAUCUCUCGAUCUUGAGCUCCUGAAGGAAUUUCUGAGGGCUGUGCAAGAAACGGAGGCUUUCUGCACCCCGUCUCAGCUCCGAGAAAUGGAGCUCUUUACUCAGUCUGUCAGAACUCAGUGGGAGUCUUGCUUCUCUACAAAGAGCGGUCUAGUUCUGACCGAACAGCAGCUGGAGGCCCUGAAGCAGUUGUGUGAGAUAUUAAGUCCUGAAGAUGCCAACAAACUGGCACAGGCUCAGCUCCAGGAACACGAUUCGACACCCCCUGCCAUUCAGUGUCAGUCCAGAGGAGAUGACGACACGAGGCCAACAGACUGUGGUGUGCUUGUAGAGCAGACAAAAGAGGCAUCUAUACAGAACACCGCCCUUCCAGAGAAGCCUGUGGAAAUCACCACUCAGACCUGCCCCAGCACGGCUCAACAGCCAAAAACAGCGGAGAAGAAAGAGAUACUAAAGCAGAUUAGCACAGAAGAGGAUAGGUACAGAAGCUCCAGGUUCGCCCUGCAAGCUCAGCUGAAUAGGAACGAGCAGAACAUGCUGGGAGAUCGCCCCUCCGGGUCAGCCACAGCCACGGACCUACAAAAGAGACUCCGAGAGCUAAAGGCUUUGCAGGACGAGACGGAGACUCUAUGGUCAGAGUACGACGUGCAGUGCUCCCAGUGUUCUCAGGUCAACGAGAGAGCGGUGGAGCAGGACCGGGCCGAGCUCACGGUCAAGUGGGGGGAGCAGAGAGUGCAGCUACAGAGGAGGGUCGAUUCUCUUGGUUCAGCGCUGGAACUCAUGGAUUCCAUCGAGCACCACGUCGCAGAAAUUUCUGAGCGUCUCGACACGUUCAUCAAGGAACCCAAAGAUGUUAAAGGCUACAUGCUGAUUAAUGCAAACAUCCUGAAAGAUGUUAAGGACUUGGAUGAGAGCAUACAGACGCAGAUGGACCGCCUCGCUCGUUUUGACUCAGAACCGAGCCACCUGGACCUACGUGACCGCUCUCCCCUCACACAACUGGUGCUGAAGCACCGAUCCAGCCUGGAUCGUCUCCGGCAGCAAGUACGCAAGAGCGAGGCGGCAGCGCGUGCCCUAGACCGCUUCCUCGUAUCGCUGCACACUUUGGAUCAGGAUGUCUUAUUUAUGCAUAGCGCCCCCUCUGCUGAUGUGACCGCACUGCAAGACAGCAGGACCAAGUUAGCUCUGGUCAGAAAAGGAGCAACAAGCCUAAGUGAUAAAGCACCACAGCUGGACCAGCUCCUUGGAGGAGCCCAAAUGGUGGUGACACAAGAGGGAAACUCUGUGACCUGUCUGGAUAUGGUGGCGGUCCUGGUGCAGAAAGUGGAGGACGUCGAUGACAAGCUCAUUAUCCGGCAGGAAGAACUUCAGCAAGAGCAGCAGAGCAAGGGACUCGGGAUGAGGAAGAAGACUCUGCUGGCAGAGGUGAGGAAGUUACAGGGGGCGGCAGAGAAGCAGGGGUUAAAGGAGCCCACCAUGCCGGCUGUGCAGCACAGGAUUCGUGCUUUGUCGGAUCUGGAGAUGCAGAUGAAGUCUCUCCGUCCGGAAUACGAGAGUAUUAGGGAAACAGCUUCAAAACUAUUUCCAAACACAGAGCAGCGUGAUGAGAUGGAGACCGCUUGGGAGGAGACGGAGAGAGCUGUCGCUGAAAGGCAAGAACACUGCAGCACCCUGAUGGACCUGUUGAAGAAGUUUCAGAGCUGUCGGUCUUUCCUGGGCAGCAUCCUUCAGAGGGCGGAGCAAACCAUCAGCGAGCAGGCGUCGUACAUGAGUAAAGACAGCCUCCAGCGCCUCAUAGCCAGGGUGUGCGGGAUAAAGGAGGACCUGAAUGGCCUCGGACCUAAGAUCGAGGAGUUCAGGGCCGUGUGUAGGCAGCUGCAGUCUCAGCUAAAGAAACUCCCAGACUGCUCAGAAACUCCAUUUGAAGCCGAGGCAGAUGCUCUGGUAGACUCCUGGCUGGAUGUCUCAGAGAAGACAGACAGCUACCUAGACAGCCUGCGCAUGGGUUUGGAGGUGUGGGAGAAGCAGCUUAUUCUCGGAGAAGAGUUAGAGGUUUGGACGACCGCUAAACUGAGUCUCUUUGCAGAGUCUCACUCAUUCAGCAGCGAGAAAGAGGUCUUCGAAAUGAAGGAUGAAAUUCAGAAGCAGGAACGGAGCAUCGAACAGUUUCUCAGGAAGUCGAUGGAGAUCCAGGAGCUGCUGCAGGGCAAAGAGCCUCCACUGGAGCUACAGGUCUUGGAGACUUCUCUGAGGAAGAAGACGGAGCAGGUGAAGGAGCUUUUCGACAGCCGUACCGACGUCUUCCAGGAGCUCCUGAGCGUACGAGAACGUCUCCUGCAGAGGGCCGACGCUUGUCAGACAGCCAUCCAAAGAAUUCACUCCUCAGUGAGGAUGCUGUGUGCCGACAGCAGAGAGAUGCUGCAACAGCAUCUACAGGAUCUUUCUGAUCAGUUGCUGGAUCAAGAAGAAGAGGCCGACUCUCUGACGAAGGAAGUGGAACUCGUGUCCAGCGUGACCGCCCCACAGGCGCUACAGGAACUGUCCGACAAAAGCAAGCGCCUCAAAGAUAACAUCGCGGUGACUCGGGAGUUCAUCAGUCAAAAGAAAGAACAGAGAGAGAAAAGUGCUCUGGUCCAGUCUAUUAAAGAUGAGUGCCAGAUGUUCGAGGACUGGCUACAGGACACACAGCUUGCCGUCAACGAGUGUUUCGAGAACCCUGAGACGAGGGAGGACGUGGAGGCGUCCAUGCAGAGACUACACGAUUUCCUGAUUUCCGAAGAAGGCGACCAUCGACUGGCCCAGGUGAAGACGGCUUUGGAGAAGAGAGGUCAGGAAGAAGUUCCUGCUAAAGCCCAUGCUGAACUGUGUGCCUGGCAGCAGGAGCAGGAGGGAGAGCUGACCACACUGCAGGCUCACUGUCAGGGACGCCACAAACAGCUGGAGGACAUCCUGAUCAAGCUCAACAGCUUGCAAGCAGAACACGACCAUUUACAAGAUUGGCUGCGGCAGAGAGAGACGCUACCAGCGCCAUGGGAAAAGUUCAGACAAGUUCAUGAGGAUUUUCUUAAGGAAAGCGGACGCAUCGAGGCAUUCGGCGACUUGUUAGCGUCCAUAAGACUGAAGGGAUUAAGAGGAGACCCUGUGCUCAGAGACAGCGAGUCCCUGGUGGAUCAGUACCACAGUCUUGGAAUUCGCUUGGAGAAGCAAUCUGAAAUCCAUAAAUCCUUGGAGAAGGAGAUAGAUACUUUUUAUAUUAACGAGGAAAUCACCAGGACUUGGGUGAAAAACGUAAAACAGAGUCUGGAAUCACUGGACAAAGACAAAAAGUGUCCAGCAGAGGAAAAGCUCCUGCAGACUCAGGCUGUUUUAGACCUACGUGUCGAGGGCGACUCCAAGAUGGCAGUUUUGAAGGUGGACGGCGAGAGCCUGCGUGCUCGUGAAGAACUGGAAGAAAGCACGCGACGGGAACUAAUCGGAACGCUGAGAAAUAUAGACGAGGAAUGGCAAAACGUUCUGGAUUCAGCGCAGCAGAUCGAAGCUCAGGCUAAGCUCCAACAAACUCUUCUAAAGGAACUACAAGAUCUCCAGGAUCAGGAGAAGGAUAUCCGAUCGUGGGUGGACGAACAAACGCGAAAGCUGGACUUUCUUAACAAAGAGACUCCAAUAAAUGAAAGGCACAUCAGGCUGCAGGAGUUCCUGAGUCUGAAACACGAAGGAGACGCAAAAUUGGAAGCUUUAAGAAAAAAGGGAGAGAGCGUAUGUGCGCACGAGGAGAGGAAGAGACCGAGCAUCGAACGAAGACAAAGAGAGACGGAGGAGGCAUGGACAAGGGUCCUGCAGACUGCAUGGGAAAUAAAGGACCAGAUCGAGCGUGAAGAUUUUCUCUCCGAGGAACUGAAGAGCUUCGAAGAUCAGCUGGAAAGCACACGAGCUUGGAUCAGAGAGCUGAAAGCCACCCUGCAAUCCAAACAUCAAGCUGCUCCAGCCGAGGAGAUACUUAACCAAGCUCAGAAGCUUUUGGCCCAUGGUCCAGAGGGUGACUCCAAACUUGCUGCCCUUAAGCAUACAGGUGAGCGUGUGUGUACUUGUGAAGGGCUUGAAGACGACACUAGGCUUUCCGUACAACAGGCUCAGAGAGCCUUAGAAGAGGAGUGGAGAGAAGUGCUUGAUCUUGCACAAAUCCUGAGGAACGACACGGAAAUCCGGGUCGCUCUCGAUAAGGAGCUUCACGAUUUUAAUUCCCAAGCAGAAAUCUUCCAAACUUGGGUCAUAGACUUGCAGGAGCGGUUUGGAUCACCGGACAAAAGCGCUUCUCUCCAUGAGACGCUUGUUCCAUCACAGGUCGUGGAGAACUUGAUCGAGGCAGACUCGAAGGUGGCCGCUUUGAGUAGUAAAGCAGCGAAUCUGUGCGCAAAGCUGGACGAAAGCAGGAAGGAAUCCGUCCAGCAGACGCUUCAGGAUGUUCAGGACAAGCUGAGAAUGUUAACGGAAAUUGCCAAAGAGCACAAUAAUCAGCUCGAGCUUCAGGAUUCCCUCUCUAAGGAGCUUGAAAGUUUUCGAUCUGAAGAAAAGACGACACAGUCCUGGGUCGAAGAGUUGAAGAAAGACUUGGUUUCGUUGGGCAAAAGCACUCAUGGCACCCAAGAGCAAAUAGAGGAAAGGUUGAGCAAAGCCCAAGCUAUUCUGACCCUUCGACCCGAAGGAAACUGCAAGAUGUCCUCUCUAAAAAGACAAGCGGAGAGUCUGUGCGGUCGGGAAGAUCUCGAUAAACAAACGAGACUCAGCCUCGUGCAGGACCUGAAGUCCUUAGAAGAAGAAUGGAAAGAAGUUCUCCAGAACGCUCAAGAGUUGAACAGCCUUUUGAGGAGCGUGGUGGAGCGUCUGGUUUCAUGUCAGUGCCAAAGACAGCAGACCCAGUCUCGUGUGGAGCAGCUGAAGCAGCAGAUAGCAGCACUGCCUCGCCGCUUCCCCUGGCCCGGGUUAGGGGACCGCAGGCAUGCACUGGAGCAAGCUACGGCUCUUCUAGACAAGGUGAGGUCUCUGAGAACUACCCUGUCUGCUCUCAGAGCCCUGGGCCGAGAGAUGAGCCAGCUCACAAGGGACCCCAGCUGGACGGAUCCAUCUUGGACAGCCAUGGAGGAGUGCGUCCCUGGGUUAAUCAAAGAUUUAAUGGAAUUGUCUGAGAGUUUAGAGGAGGGUAUUUGCACAGAACGAAACUGCGCUCAGCUGGUGGAACAGCACAGUGCCGCUCAGGACUGGCUGAGAGAGCAAGUCAAAGGUUUUGGAUCUCUGCCCACUGAUCGCUAUGGGUUACAGGGAUCUAUCAACACUUUAAAGGCUCUUCUUCAGACAGUGAAGAGGGAAGAGAGAGAAAUGAGAGAGCUAGACAUGGCUAAAGAGGCCCUGAUCAACUUGUGCACUACAGGGGGUCGCGAUGCUCUGACCUUAGAAACCGGCCACCUCCACGACCUUCGCGCCGCCUCUGAGAGGGAAAUAAACGAGAGGCUUAUUGUGUGCGAGACCAGAUUGGCUGACAUCGAGCUGAAGAUAGCCGAAAGAGCAGAGAGUUUCAGAGCACAGGCUGAGAGCAUUCUGAAUGAUCUAAGAGCACAGGAAUGUCUGGGAUUCGUAGAAGGAAACAAGAAAAUUAGCCAAGUGGAGGAAAACUCCAAAAUCCUGAAGACCUGUGAAAAGGAGCUGGAGAAAAUAGAGUGCCAAGUCCGUGCUCUGCAGCAGGCUGUUUGCACGGUUCCACCUGACGAGGCUCUUCCUCCAAAUGUAAAUUCUCUUGUAAACACGGUGACCCAGCAGUACUGCAGACUGCAAACCAAGCUGUCCGAACGAAAGGACGACUGCGCUGACAGCGUCAUGCGCUGUAUGAGAAAUGUACUGCAGGCCCUGCGUUCCUGGACCCAGUCAACACAAACACAGGCUUUUUCAGACUCCGUGUGCACCGUUCAGGCUAUGAUAGAGGAAGGUGCAGAGCUGCAUGAGAACCUGCAGGAGGCAGUGUCUCAUAAACAGCUGCUCAGAGACUGUCUAGGUCGAGAACUCACCGACAAACUGGAGAGAGACGCGUCAAAUGCAUUAAAGGAAGCAGACACACUCAUUAAUCAGCUUCAGCAGAGGCUCCAGGAUCUGGAGGAGGAAAGGAGGAAAAGUAAAGCUCUUACGAUGUCAGCGGAAACACGAACCAGUCAUUCGGUCUCAGAGGUUUCCUGUGAAUGGCCCAGAAAACCGGAUACUUCCAUAAAGGUCGAGCUUAAUUUGUCAAAGCCUCAAGAUAUUUUACCUGCUCCAGCGGGCAGUUCUAAAGGGCCGGCGGUUGAGACUUUUGAAGAAGUACGUAGAGAUGUCGCCGUGUCGACCACCGAAGAAACUCCAGCAAAGUCAGAACGGCCACUGGAAACUUUAGCGGGAGAUGAUUUUCUAGCUGAUAAUCCAUCAGAGGCCAUGCUGACUAUGGCACUCGGACAAAAAUCAGGAGACGGUGAGGUUUCUAUGACGGUUAAUAAAGAGUUAUUGCCAGAAUCUCCCACUGAAGAACAGCCACCGUUGUUCGCAGUAGACGAGCGCGCGGCCGAAUUCGGAAAAGAUGAUCCACCUACCACAACGCCGGCUACGACAUCUAAGCAAGAACAACUCACGGAUGUCGCUGCGUCCGAAAGUCUCUCUCAUCAAGCUGAUGUUUUAGAGUUUGAUACAGAGAGAAUAAAACCAUCUAAGAGCUUAGAGGAAAGAGAAUUUCAACUUAACACUCCUGUCCCCACAGCUACAGACGCAGAUCUCAUCGAGGAGAUCUCAGACGACGUAGACUUUCCCACACCCGAUCGGUCGCUGACAGCGCUACGUAUCGACCGAGAUAAACCUAAAACCGUCCCUUUCUCAACCACGGCUUUGGCUGUGCAGUCUGACAAAGUACAAGAGCCGGAUGUUUGUGCCGUCGAUCCAGGAAAAAGUGAAGGAGAAAUUGAGAUGGAGAUGAAAAUAAGGAUGCAAGAACUCCGUGAUGCUGAGACAUCGUUAGAAAGAAAAGUAGAGGAAUCAAGUGGACAUGACGGGUGUAGAACAUAUGCUCAGAGUCUUGAGCAAAAAUCUGAUGCAGUCGAGGAAGCAAAUAGGAACUGGUCAUUAACUUCUGAUACCUUUGAUCUUUUGCCCGAGGAAGGUAAAAUGCCAAAAAAGAAAAUAGCUGCACUGAUUCUUGAUACAGACACAGUACAUAUUCAUUCUACUGAGGUCCCUGGUAUGACUGACCCUAAUUCAGGGAAAAUGUAUUUAUCUUCACACACUGGCUGCGAUGGCGCUUUGUCUCACCGAAUAGGAACAUCGGAUACGUCAGAUGAGGCGAGAAAACGAUUUGACGGUCAUACGUCUCCGGAUCAACAAGAAAGGGAAAUUGUCACGGAUGUUAUUGAUUCCACUAAUUCAAGUCAGCCCUCUGAAGGAAACAUUGAUAGAACUGAGACUCAAAUCUCAAAUGCCACAAAUUACGAGAGAGAAGGAACCCGGACAACUAACAAUGGUCCACAGGAGGUCCAGAGAGGGGUGGAACCUCUUGAACACUGGACCGUGAAUAAUGGUCCUCAAGAGAUCCAACGAAGAUACAUGAUCCUGGAAAGAAAUGGAGGACUAGAAGUACGCCAAGAACCAGCUGCUGAGACAAAUGUACCAGCACUGGAUACUGCUACAAGUAAAACCGGUGGAAGAGGAACAGGCGAUUCUGAACUUGAAGUUAUGGAAAACAUCGAACAAGUAGUCGGUAAAGAGUCGGCCGCGACCGAAGACAGCGAGAGAGUAACGUGGAAUGCUAAGAAACAGUCGGAGACAUUAGAGAUCAUGGGGGUACCUGCUAGAAGGAAACUAGAUGGGUUACCCUGUAGUUGUGAGGACAAACUAGUGCAAGAUGUGGAUAAGGUCAUUGUGGAAUUUGAGAGCGCAAAAAGUACAACAGUGAAAGGUGAAACUGAACCAACCCCACCGGCCAGACGAUCUAAGGCAACAGAAAGUUUGUCAGUCAGUUCUGAUGUCCGUUGUGAAGAAGCACCUCUUCCUGUACCAACUAUUCACCGAUACGAACUCGAGGAAAUCCAGUUACCACCGGAAGGUAUUCUUCACCCUCCACCAGACAGAACACAUAAGGAGACAGUAGUAGCUGAAAGACUGUCACUGGUUCUCGAUUCUACAACCACACCAGAAAGAAGGCGUAAAGAGAGGGCAGGGUAUCAACAACCCGAACCGGAGAAGUCCAGUGAAACAGUAGUCGUUGAGGAGCCUCUUAUAAAACCGACUCCACCACUGAGGCAAAAAGUAAGUCAGAUUGAAAGUGACGGCACCUCGGUGGUCUCCAAAAGACAAAAAAUGGAGGAGACACCGGUGAAACCCACACCUCCAACGAGAAGAAGAGACAGCGGAGUUGUGACUGACCUAGUGUCAGACAGCGGUGAUUUGGACAAAGCAAGGACAAAAGAGAUAGCCGUUGAGGAACGUGUUGACAAGACAACUCCAGCGGUGAGACGAAAAUCAAUCCAGGAUGAACGUGAAUUCAUCACGCCACUGGUCUCCAUGCCCAGAGGAACAGAAGACUUAUUGGUUAAACCCACACCUCCAACAAGAAGAAAAGAUAGCAGAUGUGUGAGAGAUACCGUGUCUAAAGAAACAGCCAGUGAAAAUCCGCAGAGCACCGAAUUGGAGAAGGCAGUGAUGCAGGGUAUCGCCGGUGAGGAAAAACCAACCCCGACAGUAAGACGAAAAGGAAGUCUACUAAGCCAAAUCCAAAAAAUGGAGGAUACGUCAGUGAAGCCAACACCUCCUGAAAGAAGGAGAGCCAGUAGAAACUUCAGUGACGAGGCGUAUGAAGAAAUGGCCCGGAAAAUUUCUACAAGCACCGAUUUGGAGAAGAUACCGACGCAAGAGAACACUCUCGAGGAGCCGUUUAUUAAACCGACUCCGCCGGUGAGGCGGAAAGUUUCGAGUCAAAUUGAAAGCGACGCUUUUUCAGUGCUCUCCAAAAUCCAUGAAGCGGCGGAGAUGGUAGUGAAACCCACACCUCCAACCAGAAGGAGAGAUAGCAGAAAUAUAAGUGACAUAGUGACCAUCAAAUGUUCCAGCAGCACUGAUUUGGUGACUCAGGAUAAACCUCUUCUAAAACCAACUCCACCGAUGAGACGAAAAUCCCAAGAAACAGAAGCUACAUUAUGGAAACCCACACCACCAGUAAGAAGGAGAAAUAGUGGGAAUAUGACCGAUACAUCAGCCAGUAGACUUUAUGGCAGCUGUGAUUUGGAGGAUUCAGUUUUGGUGACACCGGAAAGAGGCGUCGGUGAGGCUCUCGUAAAACCAACUCCACCCUUUAGACGAAAAACUUUGAGUCGCACCGGAAGCGACAUUUCCAUCGUCGAGAAAAGCAAAGAAAUGGAGGAGGCAUCAGUGAAACCCACACCUCCGACAAGAAGGAGAGAUAGCAGAAACGUGAGCGACAAAGUAGCCAUGGAUCUGCAGAACUCGGUAACACAAGAGAAAAAUCUAAAGGGCUUUACAAUGAAACCAGUUCCAACGACAAGACAAAAAACGACUCCAGCUGAAAGCGAUCCUUCCGUAGUUUCAGAAACCCAAGAAACAGAAGCGACGUUGUUAAAACCCACACCUCCAACAAGAAGAAGAGAGAGCACAGAUAUGAGCGAUACAGUAGCUGGCACAAUUUCUAGCAGCUACGAUUUAGAGAACAUUAGUGAAGUGCGAGUCAUUAAACCAACGCCAUCAUUGAGAAAAGCAAUUGAAGAUGAAAGUGAUGAUAUUAUUUCAGUUGUUUUGAUGCCCCAAGAAAUAGAUAAGACACUGGGGGAGCUUACUCCACCAACAAGAAGGAGAGAGAGCAAUAAUUUGAGUGAUGUAGCGGCCGGUGAAAUUUCUGUCAGCAGCGAUUUGGAGACCUUUGGGACACAAGACAGAGCUGCCGAAGAAGCUCUUGUGAAACCAUCUCCACCAGAGGAAACGCUGGUGAAACCCAUACUUCUGACACACGGGCAAGAUAGCAGGACAAUGGGUGAAAUUGUACCUAAUCAAGCAGAGGGUGAAUUUUCAAGUAUUCAUUUGGACAAAACUGCUGCAGAAGAGGAGAUUAUGGUAAUACAGACUCCUCCAGGGUUACAAGCUCAAAGUGACCUUUCCACCAUUGCUAAAACCCAAGAAAUGGAGGGAAAACUGAAAAAACCCAUAACUCCUACAAGAAGGAGAGAUAGCAUAAGUGUGGAUGAAACUGUACCUAAACAAAUGGAGAGUAAUAUUUUCGUCAAUGUUUUGGACGAGACUUUCAGACCAGAGAGCGCCGAUGAGGCGGAUCUUCCUAUACAGACGCAGUUAGUCGUACAAGACGCAAGCCAGGCUGAAAGUGACGUUUCUGUUAUUGAUAAAACCCAAAAAAUGGUGGAGAUUCUGGGAAAACCCAUAAGUCCAACUAGAAGGAUAGAGAGCAGAACUGUGGAUGAAAAUGUAAAUGUACAAAUGGAGAGAGAAAUUUCCAGCAGCAUCGAUUUGGAUAACACGGUGAGACCGGCGAGUGCUGUCGAGGAGGAUCUUGUUAAACUAGUGGAACAAGAAGGAAUUCAAGCUGAAAGUGACAAGUCCAUCAUUGAAAACAAGCAAGAAGUGGAGGAGAAGCUAGAAGAAUCCACCAGUCUAACAAGUAGGGGACAUAGUAGAAAUGUGGAUGAAACCAGACCUAAACAAGUGGAGGGUAGCAGCACUGAUGUGUAUGAGACUGUGAGACAACAGAGUGCUGAAGACAAAAUUACUCCACCACUGGAACAAGCAGCAAGUGAAGGCGAAAGCAAUAUUUCUUCAGUGGUCCCGAAACCCCAUGUGCCGGAAGAGACACCGAUGAAGCCCACUGAAAUUUCUCAAUCUGGGUUAGAGGAUGGUGGUACGAUUGAACCAGCUCUAAGGGAAGAGAAUAACAAAGCAGAGCACGAAAAUAUUAAAGUGUCAUCUAUUAGCACACAACCCGAAGAACCUCUACCUUCACAAAUCGCACCGAUAGGCCAAGAGAAGGAAACGGUUACAGUUGGUCUCGAUAUAAUUCCAGCUAACGUACAAGAACCAUCCAUCCAACCAGUCCAGAAAACAGGAGACAUAGAAAAAAGGGUUGAGGUUCAACCACCGAUUAAACAAGAAGACGAGCAACCCGAGAAGGAGUUCUGCAAUGCUUCGGGCAUGGACCGUACAAAGGGCUUGACUGAGAUCGAAAGUGUGGUUGAGGCACAAAUAAAAGUUUCAGACAAAUCAGAAAUCAUGGAUCAGGAAUCCUCAGUUGCAAAAGGUAUCGAUGUGCCAGAAGCAUUCGAACAAGAACAAGAAGACGACAAAGAAGAAGAACCACUCGGUGCUACAACGAAUAAGAUUUUCACAGAGAUUGAAAAGAUGUCUAAGACGAGACCAAACAGCCUGCUGAUUGAGAGCAGGCCUUAUGAAGAUCCUAUGGGCAUUCUCAGUACCUCUGAGGCUGACCUCGAAGCCCAGAUGACCAGAUUGGUGUUUUGCAUACUGAGUUGUCGUAACAGCCCCGCUGUGCUCAACCCUACAGAUAUGGCCAAACAAGUAGAAGAGGCUGAGCUUUGCAGACAGAGAGCUCAGCAGCAAGUUUCCUCAAUCUCAAAGCAAGCUCACAUUAACGGCGAGGUCAGCACUCUUGUCACCAGAUCAGCUAACGACCCCGAGGCUAUGCAGAGACUGAGUUGCCGGUGGACAGAGGCGUUGUGGGACGCAUCUGGCACCGUGCACACUAAGGAGGCCCAGUUGCAGUUGGUGAUUGACUACGACAGACAAUUGCAGAAAGCCAGAGCUACUCUUGAGAAAAUGGUGGGUGAACUGGAGUCUUUGAAAAUGUGCCCAGUCGAAAGCAGCUUUGUCGAGGAGCAGAGACUGCGCUCAUUCCUCAGGACUAUGGAACAGGAGAGGACGGUUCUCGGAGAGCUGAUCCAGACACAUUCGCAGCUAUCACCCCACCUCAGCCAGCCCGAGAGAGCAGCGGCACUCUCACAACAGAGCGUCUUGCAGAGCGAAUGGAUGGCGCUGGAGAGAUCUGCUGAGAAAAGCUUGCAUAAAGUCAGCACAUACACCAAAGAGAGUUUUGACCUUCUGGAGGACAUUAAUACGUUGAAAGAACAUUUGGAGAACUGUCAUAAGAUCUUGGAAUCACAUUGGAUUCCGUCUUCUGCACGAGAUAGCAAGAGAGUGCAAGAAACGAUCGGACUCGGUGCUGAGCUCACAGCUGCCAAACAAAGAUAUUUUGACAUCCAGGAAAACUUUGAAGCUCUCUCGCAAAGUUGUAAUUUCAAGACCGAGGUGUAUAACAUACAGCAAGGUUUAUGGAGUGUCAAAGAUCACAUAGAUCUGAUUGGCGAAGAGUUGGAGUUUUCAUUGCCGACCAGCAACAACCCAAGCAUGGUCAAAAUUGUCAAAGUGAUAACAGAAGCAAUAGCUUGGGCCAAGAAGACACAGUAUGACAUUGAGAACAGAGAAAGGAAGGUUUCUCUGCUUCCAGAAGAAGUCCAUCGGCAAAUAAAAGACUUGAAGAUGCUGAAUUCAGAUAUGACGUCUAAGCAGAUACAGUUAUCCACUCUGACCAAGGAGGUAACCGAGAUGAUCCCAGAUCUUGACAGAGCAGAUGUUCCUGUGGUCACUUCCCUUUUGGAGUUAUUGGCAAGUUUGUCAAAAUCUACUGAAGAAAGAAUAGCUGCUGCUAUGGAAGAAAUUCAGUUAAGUCUUCAGACUCGGGAAAAGAUUUCAGAGCAGAUAACCGAAGUCGAUUCCUGGAUUCAGUCCCACCUCCAUAAGGAAUCUCUGAACAGAGAGGAUUUCCGAAGCUUGAGCGCAGCAGAUCUUGAUCAGAGGUUACGUCAGAGUCAGGAUACGCUCCAAGAGGCAGAAAAACACUCCGGGAUCGCAGAGGCUUUGCAGAUGAAGAGUAAAGACAUUACCUCUGAGCUUAGCAUUUCUGAGAAUGCAUGGCUGUAUGAAAAACUUAGCAAGCUCCAGGAAGAUAUAAAGGGCAUCAUCAAUUAUGAGAAAUCCUCCAUCCUGGAGAUAAAAGAUGUAUUACAAAACCGGGAGUUAUCCGAACAGAAAAUGUCUUUGUUAGAGCAGAAACUGAGAGAAAUGAUAAUAGACAUGAAAGGACACACAUUUCCCAUUACUAAGGACUCUCUGGAUGCCAUUGAGCCGAUCAAGCGCAUACUAGUAGAACACAAGUUUCAGGUUGAACAAAUAAACACUUCAGCAGAAGGCAGGAGGAGAGAGCUACUAUGUGUAAUCUCUGAGCUCCAUCAUAAAAUGAAUACUUUUCGUAUUAAAUCUCAAAUCCAUGAGCGGUUCCUCAGCCUCAAGCAGCGUGUGGAGGACCUCCGAGAAAAUCUCGAGCUUUACGUCCCGAAGACGAAAGACGAAAGCAUCGGCAAAGAGGAACGCUAUAAGAUCUGCCAGUCUCUUCUCACCCAGAUUCCGCUAAUCAAGCUUAUGUACAAGGAGGCAUCAGACGAACUUCUGAACAUCUCACCAGACCUUUAUCCGUCCCAGCUAACGACCGAACGAGAGAGGCUCAAACAAAACCUUGAGACUUUUAACACUUGGGAGACGGCCGUUCAAAAUAUCCUCCGGAUUGUGGAAUUGGACGUUCUAAAAGAUGUAAAUUAUCUCUCGGAGCAAAGAGUGGUACACAGUUUCCUCAAAGAGGCUUCUCAGGUGCUGGAUAAGACCUGUGAGGUGGAGUUUAACCAGGAAGCUGUCGACGACGAGCUCAGAAAGCUUCUCAAGCUUCAGAAGAACGUUGAAGCCAGAAUGCGGGUUUUAGAGGUUUUGGAACAGAAAAACGGACACCAGCAGGGGUCUCGUCAUUCACAAAGCAUUGCGGAAUUGGCCAAAAGUGUCCUUGACCAAUGUGACCAAAGACUGACGGACCUGUCCAAAGCCAAGGAAUCACUGAAAAACUAUUUCAGAGGAGUCAGAAGUGCCAGUCAGUUCCUCCAGAGGACCGAAUCUGUUCUUCUUUUGUCUCUCUGCUCACCAAGGAGCUGCUCUGAAAGGCUAAAAGACAUUCAGCAAGCCCUCUUGUCUUUAGACGACGAAUUCCAAUCCCGUCUCACCGAAACUCAGAGUUUUUCUCCCUUCAGUCCAUUAUUUUCCGAGCAGAAGGUCAAACAGUUACAAGUUGAGAUUCUAGGGUGCCUCUUGGUGCGAAUGUCCACUCUUAAGGCCCAGGCCCAGCUGAGACAAGAAGCAUUAGAGAGGUGUGUUAACAGCCAAAGAAGCACCCGCGUGUUAUACGAAGAGCUGUGCCGACGUGUCCGGGAUGCAGAAACAACCCUGGCGGAUUGCGCCUGUAAAAAAAUCACAUCUCAGACGGACUACCUCGACCAGAAAGAGACGCUUAAAACACUAGUUAAAGACGUCGAGACUCUGUCCGGAAAACUGGACGAGCUGAAAGAAUGGUGUCCGGUGCAGGGUUGCCGUAGCAACAGGGACGACGCCGUAAACUCCCUCUGGGGUCACGUGGCCAGACUACGUCGAUGCACCAGAGAUCUGCUCGCCCACUCAGCAUGGAGGGGAGAGGAAUGGAUCCGCAUCAAAACGAGUAUGGAGAAAGCGUCAUCCGUCCUAGAGCGGAUAGAGGCAGCUUUCCCACAGAGCGGCAGAGAGAAAGCUACUGCCGAGGAGCUUUCGGAGCUGCUGCGGUUUUGGUCCCCGUACCAGGACAGACUGGACUGCGAGCAUCGAGCUCUGUGUGCACUGGAACUGCGUGUCGUCAGGCUACUGAGGACGGAACGAGCCGAACCCGUUCCGCUUUGUCAGGAUCUCCGGACCAUGCAAGAGCGCUAUCACAGUCUAAAGUCACGUAGCGCUCAGGGUCAUAAGGCGGCGCAGGCGGAGAUGGACGAGAGGACGAAGGUGCGCGAGGAGCUGCGAGGGAUCCAGGAAUGGCUUGUAUCAGCAGGGACUCUGCCGUCAGAGCUGGAGCGAGCGCCCAAAGCCGAACGACUGCAGGAGCUUUACUCUGAGCUGUGUACCCAGAAAGCUGUGCUGCAGCACAUCAUGGAGGGCCUUAGGAUGAAAUACACAGAUAUGUAUACUCUGGUUCCCAUGGAGAUAGACGGCCCUCUACAGGAAGUGUCUCAGUCCCUGGAGGAAGUGGGAAAGCAGGUGGAGGCGGCCGUGCAGAACAGUGGCCCGUUACACAGGCUAGAUGCUAAACUGUCAGAGAUUAACACAGGCCUGGAUGCCGUACACAGCAGACUGAAGAAAAAGUGUCCGAACGUCGCUGAAGCCGAGAGCGUGCAGAAGCGUGUGUUGGACGAGUUGGACAGCUUGCACUCAUGUCUGUCUGCGGUCGAGGUGGAGCUCCAGGACCUCAGAGAGGAGGAAGCGAAGGACACACCGGCCCUCGUGGAGAAACUGUCUCGGGCCCAGCGACUCCACACAAGGCUUUCCAAACAAGCCGAGGACAGAACGGUCUUCCUCAAAAAGAUACAUAGUAGGAUGCAGGAGCAUGAGGAGAUGGUGAAAGCGUCACAGAGUUGGAUCACUGAGUCUCAGUCUUGGUUGACUGCACCGUUCACCUACACUACUGCAAAAUGUCUGGACAGCCACGUUAACGCUCUUCAGAUGGUCCUUGAUGACUCGGCGCAGAUCCGCCGGACGUUACAGGGGUUCGAGAGUGUGUUGAUGGAGAUGGCAAGUGUGUGCGAUGUGAGCGAGCUUCAGCAGGAGCUUGGUGAAGCAGACCGGUGUGUAGCAGACAUGCAGAACAGCCUGCUGGAGCCUCUGAAAACAUUAGAGCAUGCUGCAGCUGAGGUGGACGCCAUGGAGUCCGAGCUGAGGAUCAUGGAGAAGGACGUGAUCGAGCUCAAAUUAGCGCUGACAUCAAAGCAAGGCAUCAGUCAGGACAAAUUCAGGGCUGCUGUAAACAGGAUCGAGCUGAUGAAGAGAACAGCAGAGGAACUGAAGAGCUGCAAGACCGCACUGCGUUUACCAGAAGGGGCAGAAAACACACUCACUGUCUUCAGGAGUGUCGACUUACUGCUGAAUAAACUGUUGGAGAUAGAGCAGCUGGCGCUGGAGCACACUGUUGUGGUCUCAGGUCCAUGUGAGGUGUCCUCCACACUCCGUGUUCCUCCCACCAUCGCGGAAGAAGAACCUCAGGACAGUGUUUUAGAGCAGGGGCAGGUAGAGAUCGUCCGCAUGACGGAAGACGUGUUGAAGCGAUCCGGAGCCGUACUGUUGACCGUAAAGGAAAUGACACUUGAGCAGGGAUUUGACUCAUCAGCCGAGACACAGCAGCUAGGGCACGAGGAACCGGAGGAGGAUGAGGAGGAAGACGAAUUAUUUGUGGACGUAAGAGAAGACAUCGAUGAUGAUGAUGAUGAUGAUGGUUGCUAUGAAGAUGCGAGAGAAGAACAUCAUGCAGGGAUGAGAGGAUCUCGCGCCUCAACCCGCGUGAGGGUGCCGAGUUGUAACACGGAGGACACAGAGAGCGGAGGAGAGACCGCCGAUGCCGACUCAGCCGAGCGCGACACAGGAGAGUCAGACCCAGAGGCAGGUGAAGGCGAGCAUGUGGCCUCAGUAACCGAAGCUGUGUCCGAACCGUCGGCCGCCGUGAGGACGCCGUCUCCACCCGGAGAGCUGGAGCGUGGUGCGUGGAAGGGGAUGCAAAUCGAGUCAGAGAGGCUGAAGACACACACCAGCAGCACAUCGUCAGUGUUUAGAGAGGUCACACACACUUACGUAGAAACCGCAGAUUCUCGGGAAACCGUAACCGAACUCCAGGUCAGGAACAAUCCGUCCGAGGAGGCGGCGUUAAGGCGAGAGGAGUUAACGUCUCCGCUCUCAGGCUCCGUAGAUACACACAGUGUUAUAAAGUCAGAUCAGGGGCCACACACAGCAUCGGUAGAGCCGACAUUGUCACGGCAUCGCGAGAGGACGGCGGACAGCCUGGCUGCAGGUGAAACCUGGUACUUUGGUGAAACUCCUUCUCGGGUCGGAUCGCUCCGUUCCUGCCAUGAGCGAGCCGCCCAGAUGGAGCUCUGGCUGGAAAAGGCCCAGCUGAGUCUGUACAGCGAUGUACAGCAGAGUGUCGAGGAACAGCUGCACACCUGCCAGGAGAUGUUUAUGGAGAUUGAGCAGAAAGUGGCCAGUGUUUCUGCACCAAGUCAUGAUGAAGAGGAGCAGAAAGCUCUCAGCGCCAAACUGCAGCUCCUGAAGAACAAGCUGGUGACGUUUCAGCUCCUACUGCAGGAGAAACACAGCGAAGAGAAGGUAUGUGCUGAGAAACAGCGCCCCCUGCAGCCUCGGCUAAAGCGCAGCACCAGUGUGCAGGAGGUGCUGAGCACAAGGAGGGCCAAACUCUUCAGACAGAGCAGCUUGCAACAGCAGAGGGAGUUAGAGCAGGGUCUGAUUGAACAAAGAGAUCUCGUGAAGGUCAUUGCUGUGCUGGGAAAUAGAGUUAGACUGCAAAAUCAAACUGCAGAGGAACAAGCGAGGCUCCUCGUACCUGCGGCAGAGUUAGAGGAGCAGAGACAGGAAGGGGCGGACUCGGUGCACAGGAAGUGGACUCACCUCCAGAGGAGACUCAGUCGGAGAGGAGAAGACCAGCAGGAAGAGGAGAUAUCUCCUCCCCCUGUAUGUGUAUGGAGCAGUGCUGAUGGAGCUGCAUGUCUACAGGAGCUCCAGUCCCACAUCACACACCUGCGAGAGCUGCGACACACAGUGACGUCAGCAACUGACAUGCAGGAGGUAGAUGAGGGUUUGUUUGAGGUGCUGAGUGGAAUCGCACUCUCUCUAUCCUUUCUCUCUCACACACUCGUCUCUCAGUCGGGAGCCACAGAAAUUGACACACACCCCCAACUGCUACAGCUACAGAGUUUCUCCGAAGCGCUCAGCUCUUUGAGUGCUGAGAUUUCCUCUCAGGGGUCAGAGGUCAUCAGGUCGUUAGGCUCCAUGGCUCCUGCCGUCAGCGUGUGUGCAGAACUUCUGCAGGAUCGUGUGCGUGAGCUGCAGAACAACGUGUCGGAGAAACAGAAGCAGCUACAGAACCAGUCGGAUCAGACGCUGCAGAAAAAGAGCAGGAGUAAACACAUGCAUGCUGCCUUGCUUGCUAACACCUCCACCUUAAAAUCACUGACUAAUGAUGUAGCACGCUGUGAUCGUCACGCACAGCUACAGGCUGUUGCCGGGCUACAACAGGAGCUUGUGCGGCGAGAGAGAGAGCUGGCCGAGCUGAGAGAGGGGACAGAGAGACAGGGACGUGUGACAGGGUUAACGCUGGACAUCACUACGCUAGAGAGUGUGUUGGACAGUGUGUACAGUAGUGUGUGUGAGCAUGCUGUGGAUCUGCAGUGCAGUGUGGAGCAGCAGCAGCAGUGUGAGCGUGUACUGAAAGGUCUAAAGGACCUCUUGGAGCUCGGCGAACAGAGACUCUCAUACACCUCACAACUGGAGCCACACACCAAGGAGCAGCUACACAAACUACUCAGCACACACAAGAAGUUCUUCCUGUCUUUGGAGAACCACAUGCAAGCUCUGCAUCAUCUGACCUCCCGGAUGCCCGACGACGCCAGCUAUAAGUGGGGCACCGAGGUGGCAGAGGUGGAGGAUCAGGUGAAUGAGCUUCAGCGUCAGGCUCAGAAGACUGGAGCUGCUUUGGAGUUGACACUGCAGGUUUGGACUCAGUGGGACGAGAGUCAGUCCUGGCUGGACGAACUGCUGCAAGGACUGGAGCAUCGUCUACACAGCGUGAAGCCGGAGGAGCAAACCGAGGAUGCGCUACAGAGGAGUCUCUCGACCUAUCAAAAGUCGCAGGUGACUCUGGAAGCGAAUGCUGCACAGAUUGGUCUGGGUUUAGAUCACGCCAGCAGACUGAGGAAAGUGUCCAGUCAGUCAGUGGCCGGUCUGGCGUGCAGAGUCUCCCUGGCUGAUCUGAGGCUCAAACAGCGUUUAGCUGCUCUGCAAAGGACGAUAGAAAAGGGGCGAGUGUCCACACACCACCUGAUAAAACUCUGGAAGAGGUAUCGUCGGGACUCCACAGCUAUGACCGUGUGGAUGAACAAAGCCAGAGAAUGUCUGAACACUUGGAAAGGUCACAUGACCUCGUCUGGACAAGCCAUGUCUAACUUCACUGAGUUUAUAGAGCUGUGUAAAGAGCUGGAGGUCAAAUCAUCACUGAAGGCUUCGGUCAUCAGCGCCGGCACCGAGAUCCUGCAGCUGGACGAGAGCGAACACACGAACGCACACUCGCAAUCAUUCAGAUUCUCUCAUUACAACUCACAACCAGAACAGAACCCAACCUGCAGAGGUAUUUCUUCAGUUACAGACGAGUCCAUCUCCGAAGAUAAGGAGGAAGAAAGUCUCACUCGCAAGAUCACGCACUCAGAAGAUGCUAAUCUCCAGGAUGAGACGCCAUUUCAAUCUAGCAGCUCCUCUGAUGUUCCUCUGGGUGGAAACGCUUCCACAGAGAUGUCAGAAGAUGCCACGACCAACAGCAGCACCGGUGAGGUCCUGAUGAUGGAGCUGUCUCCACACCUGCUCUAUCUUAAAGAUCACCUGACAGAGGUGGAGAACAGUUGGGUGGAGCUGCAUGCUGAGUUCACUGCAGUCCAACAUAAGCUACAUCAGCAUGUGGUGGACAGUGUGUGUCCUCAGUCCCUGCUCUCUGAGGUGUGUAAGUGGAUCAGUGGAGCUGAAGGACGCUUGCAGGAUGCAGAGAAAAAUGUUCAGUCACCAAAAACAGCAGCGCAGCUCAAGCAGCAACUAAACACAUUCAAGGCGCUGAAACGAGCACAAGUGUGUGUGCAGAUGUCAGUGGACUUCCUGAACCAGAUGCUGCUGAAACACACUGAGCCAAACCUCAGAUACGAACACACAGCCUUCGCCGAACAGCUCGGGGAGGUGAACCUGCGCUGGACCACACUGCAAACACACAUCUACACACAGAUGCAGUAUAUUGAACAGCAGCUAAGCAUUCGUGCAGACCGAGACAGCAAACUGCACCUCCUGCAUGCCUGGGUCAAAGGUCACGAGGCAUGCAUGCGACUGGCUGAGAGGCCUGUCAGUCACACUGCAGCAGAACAGCACCUGAAAAAGUGCCAGGAAUUGGAGGAGGAGCUAAAGGCUAAGUCUGCGAACCUGGACGAGUUGAAGAAGAGAUGUCUGAGCGACGAUGAAGAGCACGCGGAGGACUUCAUCAGUCACUUUAACACCAUCUCACAGGCAUUAACUGCUUUAAACGGACAGAACUGCUCCCUGAAACAAUCUCAGCAGCACAUACGUGAGGCCUGGUCUGCGUUUGAAUGUGGGCGGAGUCACGUCGCCCAGAGCACCCUGAGAAUACGUCAGUCCCUUGAACAUCGCCGCACCCCUCGCACCUCCUUCGCUGCGCUCCAGAACAACCUCCAUAAACUACAGGCAUUGCAAUCCGAAGCUGGGGAAACUGACAAAAAGUGGGAGGAGCUAAACAACACAUUCUCCUGUCUUACUGGUCUGAUUCAUUCAGACACUUCAUACUUAUUAUCUGAAGAGUUGGAGAAGGAGAGAUUACGGUGGUCUGAGGUCAAAAGUGAUCUUACACACACCUCUUUGAGCUUACAAACACUGCUGCAGGUGUGGAAACGGUACUCGGAUUUGUCGACCUCCUACUCAGAGAAGCUCCAGCAGCAGAAGGUGCGACUCUGUGACAUCUCGGAGACAAAAGCGUCAAAGCACGAUGACGACGACGACGACACAGAAACGCUCGCAACCCGUAUACAGCUUUUACACGACGUGCUGGAGAACACACACAGUCUCCAGACAGACUUGGACCGAGCGCUGGACGCCUCAAAAGAGCUGACCGGACACAUGGUGCCGACGGCAGCUGCCUUCGUCCGCUCAGAGUGUCGGAUGUUGACGCGUGAGCUUCAUCAGUUCGAACAGGCUGUGAAGAGAAAGAUGGGAGAGAUGCAGGAGGACUCCAGGCAGCUUCUGGAGAUCGAGCAGCUCCUGGAAUCACUAGAGACGCACUUACAGGAGUGUACGAGCCGCCAGAGACACACAGACACUCAAGACGUAUCAAAGUACGAUCUGUCAGAGUUGAGCAGUCGCUCAGCAGACGUGGAGAUGCUGCAUGAGCUCAGUUACAGACUGAUCCUGAGCGACUCCAUGACCCGGAGAAUACAGAACCUGAGCAGGACUUGGGCUCAGGAGUCUGCACAGGCUCAGGAGAAAUGCAGUGAGCUGCAAGUCGUGUCUCUUCGGCAGCAGGCGUUUGAGGAGAGGUGUGAGACGUGGAUGACGUUCCUGCAGAGGAUGGAGGACAGUCUAGCAGUAGAGAUUGCAUCCACUUACCCUGGUCUCAGAGAGCAGCUCCGCACACACCAGAGGUUCCAGGCCGAGCUGUCUCUAGGCCAUCAGAUUCUACACUCCGUAAUCACAGAGGCUCUGCACCUGCUACAGAGGGGAGAGGUGGAGGACAGGAGUGAUUUCCUGUUGAAGCUAGCUCAGCUCAGAGAGCACUGGCAGGGUGCUGUACAGAGAGCGACUCAGCGGCGCACCCUGGUGGAUGGGCUGAUACGCCAAUGGCACCUUUAUACACAUACACUGCGCAAACUUAACAAGCUGCUCACACUCGCGCACACACUCCUGCCUCCUGCUGGCCUCACACACUGCAGCGUGACACAGCUCCGCCACUUGCUCAAACAGCUCGAGCGUACCGAGCUUCUCUUCCAAAGGUCCCUGUCAUCUUACCUUCUUCUCUUGGAUGUGGGUCGUCAGCUCUUCUCCACGAGCGACGAGGAAACACAGACAAGAUUACAGACAGAUCUCGCUGCCCUGCAGGAGGGCUGGGAGCGCUCCCAGUGCAUGCUGGGAAAGAGGAAGACUCUCAUUGCAGACAUCAUCAAGACAUGGGAGAGCUGUACGAACCGGCUAGACGAUCUGGCACAGCGUCUGGAAGAGCUUAAAGUCAGACUGACAAACCAGUCGAUCCAGGAGAUGGACGAGGAGCUAAUUAAGGAGCUGCAGGACUCCCUGGAGGACUGGGCCGCGGGUCUGUGUGAAGUGAGCAGCAUGAAGACAGAUGUGUCUCAGUACAUCAUCGCUGAGGACGUGCUGAUGCUGCAGGAGCAAGAGGAGCAUCUGCAUUUCCAGUGGGAGGAACUGUGUCUUAAGGUGUCGCUGCGUAAACAGGAGAUUGCCGAUCGGUUAAAUGCGUGGAUCAUCUUCAACGAGAAGAACAGGGAGCUCUGUGAGUGGCUCACACAGAUGGAAAGCAAGACGACGCACAGCACCGAGCUCAGCAUCACGGAGAUGGUGGAGAAGCUGAAGAAGGACUGCAUGGAGGAGAUAAACCUGUUCAGUGAGAACAAGACUCACCUGAAGCAGCUGGGAGAGCAACUCAUCACCGCCACCAACAAGACCAAGGAGAGCGAGAUCAAUGACAAGAUCAAGGGCAUCAGCGAGCGCUGGCAGCACCUGUUCAACCACAUCGAAGCCAGGGUGAGGAAGCUGAAGGAGACACUGGUGAUGGUGCAGCAGCUGGAUAAGAACAUGAGCAACCUGCGCACGUGGCUCUCACAUAUCGAGGGAGAGCUCACCAAGCCUAUCGUGUUCAGUGUGUGUCACGGCGAUGAAAUCCAGUGCAAACUCACUGAACAGCAGGAGCUGCAGAAGGAUAUCGAGCAGCACACAGAGGGCGUGGCGUCGGUGCUCACUCUGUGUGACAUGUUACUCCACGAUGCCGACGCCUGCAGCGGCGACGGUGAGAACGACUCCAUCCAGCAGACCACACACAGCCUAGACCGCCGCUGGAGGAACAUCUGCUCCAUGUCCAUGGAGAGGAGAAUGAGGAUCGAGGAGACAUGGCGCCUCUGGUGUAAAUUUCUGGAUGAUUACUCGCGUUUCGAGGACUGGUUGAGCACGUCGGAGCGCACAGCAGCAAACCCAGCCAGCACAGACGUUCUUUACACGUGCGCCAAGGAGGAGCUCAAAAAGUUCGAGGUGUUCCAGCGUCAGGUCCAUGAGCGGCUGACACAGCUGGAGCUGGUGAAUAAACAGUACCGCCGCCUGGCCCGCGAGAACCGCACAGACGCGGCCUGCAAACUGAAGACGAUGGUGAACGAAGGGAACCGGCGCUGGGAUGAGCUGCACAGGAGAACCGGCGCCAUCAUCCGCAGACUCAAGCACUUUACAUCUCAGAGGGAGGAGUUUGAGGGAACGAGAGAUGCUGUUCUGGUGUGGCUCACUGAGAUGGACCUGCAGCUCACUAACGUCGAGCACUUCUCUGAAAGUGACGUCCACGACAAGAUGAGACAACUUAAAGCGUUCCAGCAGGAGAUAACGCUGAACACAAAUAAGAUUGAUUCUCUGAUCGUGUUUGGAGAGAAACUGAUCCAGAAGAGCUCCCCGCUGGACGCCGUGCUGAUUGAGGACGAGCUGGAGGAGCUGCACUCUUACUGCCAGGAAGUGUUCAGUAGAGUCGCGCGUUUCCACCACCGCCUCGUCAACACGCGACCGGUCGUAGACGACGAGUGCGAUUUCUCUGACAGAGACCCGGAUAUGGACAUGGAGGAGCUGUCUGGUGUAUGGGAGAGAGACGUCCGGCCCUCGUCGGGUCUCAUCCUCCCUGCUUCACUAGAACCGUCAGGCAGGGAGACUCCGGUCAGCGUGGACUCGAUACCGCUGGAGUGGGACCACACGGUGGACGUUGGCGGGUCUUCAUCACCCGAGGACGAAGACGAGGCCACGUACUACAGUGCACUCUCAGAUGUAGAGGUCACUGAGAGCUCCGAGUCCUUUAUUAAAACUACAGCUCGAGCUCUGAGUGCUGCAUCUGUGACCGAGCCCUGCUGGCAAGACAGGAAACGCAUCAUCCGUAGCCUGACCGCCAGCCCGACAAACACCAGUGCUUCUUACCAUCCUGAGGGAUAUGCGAAGCUGAUGUCCGAAUGCACCGAGAGCAUAGACAACGUGAAGCGAGUCAAACACAUCCUGAAUGAUGAUGUGGUACGCGAGCAUCAUGGCCUGACCCUACUGUCAUCAGCAGACAAACAGACAGGAGUGAUUGAGCGAUGGGAGCUUCUCCAGGCUCGAACACAGACUAAGGGCGAGGAUCUUGGUGCUCACUUAGAUUGUACUAAGUUGAUCUCCGACCUUGAAGAGGUGAAAUCCUGUUUGGAUUGUGUGCUUCCAGAGCUGGGAAUGCCACAGAGAGGGAAGGAGAACCCGAGCAUUAGAGACAUUGAGAACAGUAUUUGCAAGCUCAAGGAGAACCAGAGGACGUUCGGCGGCUACAAGGCUCUGAUGAUCGGAGUGAAUCUAAGUGGACGGCGCCUCCUGCAUGGAGAAGGAGCCGAAGUGCAACAGCUGAAGACAGAACUGCAGGCUGCCAAUCAGAAGUGGACACAGGCCUGUGCUGCACUUGAUGCCUGGGAGAACCAACUGCACCAUGAGCUCCUGCAGUGUCAGGAGUUCCAUGAGACGCUGCACUCCCUACUGCUGUGGCUGGCUCGAGCUGAGUCUCUGCGCUACGUAGUGAACAUUCAUGAUCUGAAUGUGGACGCUGACGUACUGCAGGAACACAGAGAUACACUCAAGGCAGUCCACCGUGAGCUCCUGAGUCGGGAAGCGGAAGUGCAGUCGCUGCAGCAGAUCUCGUCCCACAUCCUCCAGGUGGAGCAUUGUGAGGAGAGCAUGGAGGCCAAGGAGAAGGUGCACGUCGUUUACAACAAGCUUCGCCUCCUUCUCAGACAGAUCAGCCAUGACCUCACCACAAUGAAGACCAGAUUGAAAAGUGAAGGAUCCUCAGUAGACCAUGAGCCUGUGCAGCACCCAGCGUUAAUGGACAAGAAGACAAGUGGUGUUGAGAGGAGACCUUCUGCAUGUGCUAAGGACUUCUCCAGAGGGAGACCGUUCUUGUACCGGGUUCUGCGAGUUGCCUUUCCACUCCAUCUGCUCUUCCUGCUGCUUCUGAUGUUGAUGUGCCUGGUGCCAGCAUCUGAAGAGGAUUACAGCUGUGCCCUGUCCAAUAACUUUGCCCGCUCCUUCUACCCCAUGCUGCGCUACACCAAUGGCCCCCCUCCUACGUGAGGAACCUGCCCUUUAAAUAUUUUAUUAUACACUGAUAGCAAUUUUAUGACAGUAUUUGAAGAAAAAAAAUAGUUGUAUAGAACUAAGGUCUAAAUGAAGAAGUAAGUCCAAAAUACACAUAAAUAAAUAGAAAACCAGGUUACAACAAUGAAAUCUUUUGGUGAAAUACCUGUAAGGAAGAGCCUAAUAACGAAGUCCUGUGGGAUUUAAACACAACCUUUCUGUAGUUAGCAUUAAUCUCCCACUACAGCCAAUUAUACCUUUAUCACAAAUCUCCAAGCCGAAACAUAUCGAGUGGCAAUUGACUUGCGCUUCUAUUUUUAAUUUGGUGCAUGUUUUUACGUGUAAAAACUAUGGACUUUGCAUGAAGUAUUAGUGCAUUAAUGUACAGUAAUAUGAUCUGCAUUUAGUUUUUUUUUUUUUUAGCUACUCCGGCUGACACAUUUAGAAGGCAAUGCUAUAAGAGUACAUUUGGAUACAGAAACAAAAAAACAAUCAAAUAUACACACACAUCAAUAGAAUUAUCCAUACAUGUCAUAUAGUUUUUAAACAACGAUAAAAUAUUUUAUUUCCCCCCCACCAACCGUCUGGCACCACAUAAAAGCUAUAGACGAUAUGUACUGAGAAUUAGAGCGUGUACAGAUUUAAUUAUUUAUGGUCAUGAUGUAUAUUUUAACGUCAAUUGUUACUUGAAAUGAAGCUGUUUGCCCAAAGUGUGUUCAAGUACUGGUCCUUUUUAUUUAUUUUUAUCUGGCGAGAUUGUUGAAGUAGGACACUGACGACUAACAUGAUUUUACGACAAUAAAUUAUGCAUCGACAAACUUAA